UGUGACGGUACCACCUUUCCUGUGCACAAGGCGGUCGUGUGCUCUCAGGUCGAAGCUUUCGCUGCUGCCUGCGAGGAAAGAUUCCAGGAGGCAUGCACAGGUGUCUACCAUAUUGACGGAUUUCAAGCAUCGACUGUAGGCUACAUGGUGGAAUACUUGGAUGCCGGGGAUUAUACCACCGAGUCCGAGCGCAAGCGCGAUACCACCGGUCUGUGCGGAACCACCUCACGCCCCAACCGUUCGACUCCAUUUCUAUCUGGGAUCUUGAUUGCCCACAUCCAGGUCGCUGAGAUUGCGGAAUAUUAUCAGGUGUCGAAGCUGAAGGCUCUCGUUGAGAGGAAGAUCGACAAAACACUCCAGAUGCCAUGGUCUUCUAAAGGAUUUGCGACAGCCGUAGACCUGGCUUACAGGGUCCCGAAUGCUGAGAGCAUACGUGACAAAAUGGCGGGUGUUCUGGUGCAACAUCUCGAUGACUUCCUUUCCGAUGAAGCGGCAGAGAGCCCAUUUGCCGAUGAUGUGUCUGUCCGCGUGUUGUGUCUGAUGCGCGAGGCGAGCAAGGCGUCUGCCAGGUCCAUUCAAGCGCUGCACAGCGAGUGCAACAGCCUCAAAGAGCAGCUUGCCCGUGAGCGUGAGAAGCAAGCGCAGCCAGCGCAAUAUGCGGUGAUGUCCGGGACCAGACUGAGACGUGAUAGGAGUACUCUGUCCGCACGUUCUCGCCAAUUACUUCUCACGCCCCGUCGUACUAAUCAGUUACUGCGUCUCGACUGA